AUGGGAAUACCAGAAAGCUUUAUGUCUCCAUACUUGCAGCCGUUGCUCCAAUUCGGCUUUAGCAUUGCGUUGGCUAGUGGAAUUAUAAGUUUAUUAUUACUAUUAACCUUCUUGAAUGUAUUGAAGCAGCUACUAUUCAAAAAUCCAAAUGAGCCACCGAUCGUGUUUCAUUGGAUUCCUAUCAUUGGUAGUACAAUUUCAUAUGGAAUGAAUCCCUAUAAAUUCUUUCAUGAAUCCCAAGCCAAGUACGGAAAUAUUUUCACUUUCAUAUUACUGGGUAAAAAGACGACAGUAUAUCUAGGUCGACAGGGAAACAAUUUUAUUCUUAAUGGAAAACUGAGGGAUGUUAAUGCUGAAGAAGUUUAUUCAGUCUUAACGACUCCUGUCUUCGGGACUGAUGUAGUGUUUGACUGUCCUAAUUCAAAAUUAAUGGAACAAAAGAAGAUUCUGAUAUUUGCACAGUUCAUGAAAGCAGCCCUUACAACUGAGGCCUUCCGCUCUUAUGUACCUAUCAUCCAAAAUGAAGUGGAGAGCUUUAUAAAAAAAUGCGACGAUUUUCGAAAAUCAGAAGGUAUCAUCAAUAUCGCUGCCGUAAUGGCUGAAAUUACGAUAUAUACCGCUUCACACACCCUACAAGGAAAAGAGGUUCGCGAUAGAUUUGAUUCUUCUUUGGCAGUUUUGUAUCAUGACCUAGAUAUGGGCUUUACCCCAAUCAAUUUCAUGCUUCACUGGGCACCACUUCCGCACAAUCGAGCUCGUGAUCAUGCCCAACGGACAGUCGCAAAAAUAUACAUGGAGAUUAUCAACAGCCGUCGGACGCAGAAAGAAACUGAUAAUUCCAAUUUAGAUAUCAUGUGGCAAUUAAUGCGCUCUUCCUACAAAGAUGGCACUCCCGUACCGGAUAAAGAAAUUGCACAUAUGAUGAUCGCGCUCCUGAUGGCUGGGCAACAUUCUUCGUCCUCGUCCAGCACAUGGAUCAUGCUGUGGCUUGCUGCUCGACCAGAUAUCACUGAAGAACUCUACCAAGAACAGCUAGAAAUAUUGGGAUCAGAAUUACCUCCUGUUAAAUAUGAAGAUCUCUCGAAACUUACUCUGCAUCAAAAUGUAGUGAAAGAGGUCCUCCGUCUGCAUGCUCCCAUACAUUCGAUCUUACGAAAAGUAAAGAAUCCAAUGCCCGUUCCAGGAACUAGUUAUGUAAUACCUAAGACCAAUUCUCUCUUGGCGGCCCCUGGGUGGACAAGUCGAGACGCCUCAUACUUCCCUAAUCCGCUUACGUGGGACCCACAUCGUUGGGACACUGGAUCUAGUGGGGUGAUAGGCACGGAUAUGGAGGAUGAAAAAUUCGACUAUGGGUAUGGAUUAAUUAGCACAGGGGCAGCAAGCCCUUACUUACCGUUUGGGGCCGGACGGCAUCGCUGCAUAGGCGAGCAGUUUGCAACGGUGCAAUUAGUUACAAUCAUGGCCACCAUGGUUCGCAGUUUCAAGUUUCACAACCUUGACGGAAGGGAGGGCGUUGCCGAAACUGAUUACUCAAGUAUGUUUUCUCGGCCAAUGGCACCUGCCAUAAUUGCAUGGGAGAAGAGGGACAAAAAGGAUAAAACGGAUUGUUAA